GAAGAGUAAGUUGGGUCAGUACUUACACUCAGUCUUCUCAGUUUCUAAAAGGCGCUAUGCAUAUGUAAAGUACGUACGAUGACCAAAGUCACAUAUUAACUUCUUUGGGUAAGUGAUAAGUUAUUCGCUUGGUUGACUUUUUCUUCAACUUGCUUCGGCCUUUCUGUGUUUUUUGCUCGUCGUUGUAUCACUUCCCGCGACUUUAUACCAGUACCGGCAGUCACUCCUUUGUUCAGACGCUCCUUAGCUAUACCCCAAAAAACAACAGUUUCAGCCGUUCCAAAACUCACCUGACUUUCGGUCUAUAACUCCCAAUGUUAAUGUUUUCCAUCUUCCUCCUCGUUUCUGCGAUUCUUCCUUUUACUGUUGGCGGUAAACUUGGACAUAUACAGCGUGGACGCCAUCAAGAACUGGCCCAGCGGGCGCGAGGCGAUGUGGGCAUCCACAAACGCUCCUUCGACAAUGCACGGAUGACCUUUUAUGACGUCGGCUUGGGUGCUUGUGGGCAGUACAGCUCUCCUGGCGAUUUUAUCGUCGCUCUCAAUGUAGCCCAAUUUGGCGGAGGUUACCCGGGUCCAGAGUGCUUCAAGUCUAUUACCAUCUCUUACGGGGGCAAAACAACUCAGGCUACCAUCAUGGACGAAUGUAUGGGAUGCCCGCUCGGCGGGCUUGACUUUUCUGAAGGUCUUUUCGAAUUCUUCAGUUCUUUAGACGAGGGCGUCAUUUACGGGUCGUGGUGGUUCAACGAUGGCACCAGCGAGCCUACGCCAUCUGCGAGCCCUGAAUGGACGCCCACGCCGAUCCCUGCUUUGUCCACACCUGCACCUACGUCUACGUCCACAUACGUCACCCCUUCUGAGACCCCCACUAGCACCCCUUCUACAACUGAAACCAGCACUACUUCUGAGACACCUACCAGCACCCCUUCUACAAGUGAAACCAGUCCCACUGCUACUGCCACAUAUUCUUCACUUUCGACAUUGGGCACAGACAUACCAAUUCCUACUGGUGCUGUAGCCAUACCCGUAGUCGUACCCGUGCCGGCGCCCAACGCUGCGAAUCCAGAAAACAUCGAAGUUCUUGGCCAAGCCCUCAUCAACCUUGGUAUGCUGCUCGCAGGUCAGCGGGGCAAUUAGGCUACUUUUGGCAAAGGCCAUUCCUUCUCGUCAGUGUUAUCUAUUGGCUGAGAAUUCUACUGAUCUUAGCAUCGGGUAUACAGCAUCGAUUCCUAAUACGUGACCGGACUGCCGUGAUGAUUCUGAAUUAGUGAGUGAUGAGGUGAUGUACAUUCAUGUGAAACUUCGCU